AGACGUUAUAAGCGAUCCUCCACGGGGAAGCCGAAAUCAUCAUUUCGGUCGAGAACUCCCGUCGAUGGGCACUGGACCUCCCCCUUUGGGUAAUAGCCGAGGCUCCCUGGGGGUAGUUGGCCUCGAUGCCUGAGUGGCCAAUUCCCGGUGACCGACUGACCGCCUGCCGCGUGACUCUUUCUGCCGCCUGGCUGACUAGUCGGCGUUCCCCGGUAAUUUUGUCGGUGUCUCAGCCGCGUGCUUCAGCCGUGUACUUACCACUACCCCCGACAUAUCUGCGUCAUGCUCUGGACUUUCGUCCCCAGCCUAGUAAUGCGAUAAGACGGAAUAUUUCGCUGUACCAUGUCACCAGAUUGGCGCUGUAGUUUAAUUCACAUGUGCUAUUCAAGUGCGCCAUCCAUG